CGUGGCGUGAGUAAGUUAUCAUAUUAAAAAGUUAUUUAUAAAUGACUGGCCUGAUGGUCUAGUUGUUUGUGUGCCUGACUGCUAUACCGGAUGCUGUAUUGUGGGUUAGAUUCCCACCCAGCUUAAAACUUUGUGUCAUGAUUUCUGUGCCUGGAUGGAAUUUUUGUAUAUCAUUGAUGUAUUUAGAAAUAUAUAAGUAUAUGUAGAUGUAGAAAGCAGUCUCACAUUAACUCGGUUAUUAGGAUUCCAUGCCCCAACGCAGUGGUUAAAGAGACAUAAUUAUAAAUUUAAUAUUUGCAAAUAAAUAAAUAUAAAAGAUCUGUCUUAAAAACAGUUUCCAUUCCACCAUAGACUAAAAGAGUACCCGCCAUUAUAAAAAAACAACACUUACGUUUUCAUAACACCGACGCCGUUACCAUGGUAACAACAUAAACAGCCAAGCACCUCGACAAUACGUUAUUUUUUACAGUUUUUACUGGUUUUGCUUUAAUAUUGUAUAUUUAGUCGUUUGAUAAGUAUUAGUGUCUUUGUAAAAUGGAUCCAGACGAUGACGAGACUUUCGGCGCGGCCAUGAACAUUGGCUCGGAAACUACGGAAGCUGAAAAGGAAUAUGAAAAGGUUCUAGAACAAUUGCGUGACUCCGAAGGAUUGAAGUUUAUCUGUGAUGUUUACACAAAACUCUACGACUCCUACUUCAAGUACAAAGAGGAAAAUGUCAUUCUUGUCGAAGAAAAGGAAUCACUUAGACACAAACUUCAUCGUUUCGAUGACACGGUCACCGACUAUUUGGCUGAAAUCGCCGACAAUCACAAAGUUAUUGAAAAACAGCGCUCGCAAAUACAGGAAGCACGAGCUCUCGCUGAUGCGAUGCACGCUCGCGAGUUGACCAGCGUGGAGAGCCUGGAGACCAUGAAGAAGCAAGUCACCAGGCUCGAGAAGGAGCUGGACGCCAGGAAGCGAGCUGGGGAAGAAGACGCUGGUGCAACAUCAGCUGUAAAGGAAAAAGAGAAGUUUGAGAAGGAGAAGGCUCGUCUCCAGGGCGAGCUGGACGCCAUGAAGGUGCGGCUCGCGAACUCCGUGCAGUACUGCGAGGAGCUGGAGGUCAAGGUGCAGGGAGCCGACCAGAGCAUCUCCAAGCUGGUGGAACAGAUUGAGGAGGCCGAAAACAAUGCAGUUCGCCAGAACCGUCUGGUCGACCAUCUGAGGAACGAGUCCAUCAACUUGAAGAUGGAGUCAGAUUCGAAGUCCCAGACAAUCAUCACUCUUAAUGAAAAGAUAGCAAAAACCGAGAAGAGCGUUGAGCGUCGAGACAAGCAGCUGCACGUGAUACAGACCAAGCUGGACGCGGCCCAGGCGGAGCAGGAGACAGCCUUCAACAAGAACGCACAGCUCAGGGAACAGCUCGAGACCGUUAACGUGGAGCUGGACAGGACCAAGACACAGCUUGCUAACACCGCUAAGGAUCUCAAGAAUACGUUAGACGAUGGCACAAAACUAAGGAACGAGGUCUCAAAACUUGGGAAACAAAUAGUCCAACAUAUCAAGAAGCACCAAAUUCUAGAACAAAACAAAUCCAGCGUCGAAGUUGAUCGAGAGCGGCUAAGGCAACAAGUGACGGUGAUGGAACGAGACCUGAUGCUGGGCAAGCGACAAGCGGAGUUCGACAAGAGAGACAUCGAGAACCUCAAGCGGGAGAAGGAUAUACUCACUAAGAAUUUACAGAAAAUACAAAAUGAGGCUCUGGAGAAUCUGACGAUGUUGGACCUCCAGGAGCAGAGACGCAAGCAGCUGGAGCACGAGCUGGACAUCAACGCGACACAGAUCAACAAACAGCGGCUCAUGAUACGCACCUUCGAGAAGGAUAAGGACAGAAUGUUGGAGGAGACGAUCGCUCUAAACGAGAAAAUCGAUGAAAUAACAGAGGAGGUUCGUCUCCGUACGGCAGACAUCCUGGACCUUAAGAAGGCUCUCCGCGAGGAGACCAUCAAGUCGCGCAAACUGUCGGUCGCGCUGGACGCGUGUCGCGCCGAGCGGAACAUGCUGCACAAGAACUAUACCGAGGCCCUGGAUGAGAUACAGGACCUGAAACAGAAGCUUAAGAUGUUAGCAUACCAAAUCGAACAGCUAAAAGAAGACAUAUCGGGCAAAGAGGCCGGUCUGAAGUCCUGUGAGGGAUUCCUCGGGAAGUGCAACAAGAAGAACGAACAGUUACGCAUGGAGAUACAGGCGGGGCACGUCAAACUGUCCGAGGCGAGGGCUGACAUCGCGGCCUUGAGGCAGGAGGAGGCCAGACUUAAUAGGAUUGUACAGGAGGGUGAUGCCGCCAGAGCCAAACUAGUCAAGGAGUUGGAAGGGCUGAUGAACGAGCGCGACGUGGUGGGCGCUCAGCUAGUCAGGAGGAAUGAUGAGAUAUCGCUGCUGUAUGAGAAGAUCAGGAUCCUUGAGGUUACGCUGCAGAGAGGUGAACGCCAAUACGAGCAACGCGUGGAAGACAUUCGACUCCUAAGACUGGAAAUAAUACGACUUCGUAAAGAAAAGAACUUGCUGUCGAAGGGAAUCGAAAAUAUGACCGACUUGAGGCUUGAGGUGUUCAACUUAGAGCGCGAGUUGGGUCGCGAGCGGCUUCGCGUGCGAGCUCUAGAGGAGGCGCUGGAGACGCCACUCAACGUGCAUCGCUGGCGCAAGCUGCAGGGAACAGACCCGGAGAGCGUUCGACUCACGCAGAAACUGAGGCUCACUCAAAAGAAAGUGCUGGCACAGAGCGAGAUGCUGGUGAUGAAGGACCGAGAGCUAAAGGAGACCCGCAACCUGUACAGCGCCGUCAAGGACAUGCUCGCCUUGCAGCCCAGCCCUGAAAUACAACAAACGUUAAACCGUACGCAACGAGCUCUUUCGCAAAGAACUACGAAAAUGAAAUGUUUGAUUGCGGAGUUGAGUAUGCGUGAGAAACAAGUGACCGACCUCCGGCUAGAGCUGGACCGUGUACACGGCGAGCUACAGUCGUUUAAGCAGAGGUACUACGAGAUGAAGCGAGCCCUCGACGCCGACGAGGCUCGCCGGCUGAAGUUGGUUUCACCCGGCACACCAAACUCCCAGAAACAACAACAACAGCCACAACAACCACAAGCCAUAUAGGUUAUGUACGGAUAUAUUAUACUAUACAAAUAUUAAUGAAUAUCAGAUACCAGCCUAUUUAUGACGUACUGUUGGGUAAAUGGUAGGAAAUGUAUCUCAUUUACUGUACUUAUGUAUAAUAUCCACUGGUACAUAACGUAUUAAGAGGGCCAAAUCUUAGAGACAGACUGUAGCACUGUUGUUGAGCGCUAUAACGGUAUAUUGUGCGCUUUCGCGAUCCCACAAUGUCAGUCUUACUUUAAGAGGAGGAAUAUUACCUUUGAGUAUGGAGAGAUCUGGUUUCUCUCGUCUACUGGUUCGGAACAACUAUGUUGUAUCACUGCUGAAAUUGAUGACGAAAUCUUUGUAUAUCGUCCGAAAUGCUAGUCAAUUUUCAAUGACUUAAACAUACAACACACCUGGCUUCACCCAGCCAUACGUGGGACGAACUGUGUUUUAGUCUAAUUAUAGCUUACCUUUUUGAGUUGUAGUACUAGAAAUAUAUGUCCUGUAUAAAACACAUACAUAAUUUCAUUCAGAAAUUGUCGAAUUCUGAGUACCGAUUGAUUUAGUUUUUGUAUCAAGAAAAUUUCUAAAUGAUUUGAAGCCAGGUGAAGCACUGUAUUUACUUGCAUGUUAAUAAGCCCGAAAGAGAGGGCUUUAACAAAAACAACUGGGUUUGUGACGAAACCCGGUGUACGAGAAUAUAAUUAUGUAUGCUUAAAAUUUAAGUUUCUAUCUCGUUGUAGCCCAAAAUGUUAUUUUUAUUAUUAGUAUUAUGUGCCAAAUAAUAGUAAUUAAUGAUCUCAAAACUGCUUGAAAUACUACGUUUGUAAAACUUGGGUUUUUAAAGUUACAAAUGUUAAAUAAUAAGGCAGUUUUAUUCUUUAUAGACGACAACCUCUUUCUGACAAAAUGUUAGUAGUUCUAGAAGGAAAGGUGAAAUAGUUGUCUCAAUAGUGUUAUUAUUGUUAGUUUUGUAAUGUGAUUAUUGUUGUAGUCAAGCAAGCCAAGACUGACCUAAGGGUUGAAAUUUGAUAAUAAAUAAAACACCCAGGUAAUUAAUCCGAAAACAA